UCAUCCCUUGUUUGCUUCAAACAAGUUCCCACAUCGUACACAAGUACACGUCACGCCUCUAUCGUCAACUACCGGCCUCCACCUUUUCCCGUGCCAUCAUGUCUUCCCACUACAACUCCCACUACACCCUCCCCUUGCCAGUCCCCUCUCACAAGGGCCAACACUACCCAAGCUACAGCAGCACCUACUCAGUAUCGCCUCCAGAGACAGAUGAGUCCGUCAGCUCUGGCACCGGUCCAUCAUACAGCAACAGCGGCUACUCUGGUGGCUACUCAGUGGCCAACUCCAGCUACGCCGGAAGCAACAGCGGCGACUACGAGAGCACCCACCACUCGGCCAGCGGAGUCGACUUCAACGACUACAUGCAAGACCGCUUCGCCCAGACCUUUGACCCCAUCCCCCUCGACCGCAAUAUUGCGGUCCAGGCGCAAACAUCCGGAAAGCUCAACGCAAAGCACCGUGAGUUGCUGGAGCUGCAAAAGAAGGCACAGGCUCGUCUCGCAAAGACGCGCGAGCGCUUCAACGAGGGCUACCGCGACGCUCAGGACGUGCGCGCGGACCUCGAGUGGACGCAGAAGAAAGUCUCGUAAGUAGCACCCUUUUUUCCCCCAUUGCCUCUUCCCGGGACUCCGAGAAGAGCCGCCCG